AUGAAUAUUGAACAAUUUUUGAACAUGAGUUUUGAUGGAAAAGUAGCGUUGAUUACGGGUGCAAGUAGUGGAAUUGGGGCUGAUGCAGCUCGACAUUUGGCAAAAUUGGGUGCAAAAGUGUCGAUUGUUGGUCGAAAUGAGAAGCGCCUAAAUCAAGUGGCUGAACAAAUUAAAAGUGCCGGUUCACCAGCUCCGCUAGUAAUUGUGGCCGAUGUGACAAAAGACGCCCAACGAAUUGUUGACGAAACAAUCAAGCAUUUUGGCAAAUUAGAUGUGCUUUUGAACAAUGCGGGAGUCGUGAUUCAAGACAAUGUCGCCGAAAUCAAUUUGUCAGAAUUUGAUCGGAUUUUCGAUACAAAUGUCAGAAGCGUCAUCACUUUGACCAAACUAUGUAUUCCACAUCUUGAGAAGGCAAAAGGGAAUAUUGUGAAUGUGUCGUCCAUUGCUGGCUUGAAAGCAAUUCCAAAUGUGUUGACCUACUGCAUGUCUAAAGCCGCCUUGGACCAAUUUACCAAAUGUUCAGCGCUGGAUUUGGCAUCAAAAGGAAUUCGCGUCAAUGCGAUUAAUCCGGCUGUCAUUCGAACGCCAAUUUUCCAAACUGUUGGCGUACCCGUGGAAGCAGUUGAACAAAUGUUCGAAGAAUACAAAACAAAAUAUCCUGUCGGCAGAGUUGGAGAAGUGGCGGACACAAGUGCAGCUAUCGCGUUUUUGGCUGAUAAUAAAACGGCAUCAUUCUUGACUGGAAUUCUAUUCCCAGUCGACGGCGGAUCCAUGGUUGCUGGCGUAUAAUUUUACGGAAAUCAGAGGAAAUUGCAAUGUUAAUUUACACGAUAAUGUUUAUGAUUUGGAAUAUUUUUCCCUCCAAUCAAUGUUUUUCAGCAAACUUUUUUUGUCAACUAGAUUGAAUCAAUGGAUUUAAUACAAAAAAUGUUGAAAUCAAAAAAU